AUGGACCUUCUGAUCACCUCCGUCCAGUCUGGAAGAAGCAAAUACGAAACAAUGCUGAAGCUCCGGUCCAAGUCGGAUUCGAUCAAAGCGGAUAUCGCGAUGGUGGAGUUAAACGAAAAAGACGCCCGGUCGACAAUCCAAUGCAAAGAGGCGGCUAUCGAGAGGAUGAAUCAUCGGAUGCAACAUCUGAGUGGCAGCGGAGAAACGAAAGCCCAGCAACGUUGCCUGAAGGUCUUCUCGCGCGAGCGCGACGCAGCUAUGAAGACCAAACGAGAGAUGCAAAGAUUGGUCAAAUCGCUUACGAAGGAACGCGAUAAGAAUCUUUGCUUAUUUGCUGAAGUCGUGAUGGAGCUCCAGGAUACGUUUCUUUUGCCAAAGGAGAAGGGUGAUCCUAUCAUAUCAGAGCAGCAUGGGCAUGAUAUCGUCCAGGAAGAAGUGGUGAACCAGAUACAGGAGCACGGACAAGCCCUGAUACAGCAAGACAGUAAUAUACCAGAAGUGAACAAUGUUCAGUCGAACAAUUCGCCAGGCGCCGCCCAAAGAAUCGAAAGCGGCAACUCUCCCAUCCGUACCCAGCCUGUAGAGGCUUCGCAAGCCGACGUCUGUAGCAUUGUUAUCGAUCAUGGCUGUCUUGAUCAGCAAGCCGAGACCCAGUCCAUCAACAUCACUGCUGACAACCAUGAUGUAUCGUUGGACCCGCCAGUGGAAGACAGGGGUGGCUCGCCAUCCAUCAUAACGAGUUAUUCUGCUAUCCACUUCGAAGACCCGCAAGAGGUGCAGGGUAUGGCUGAACCAGGAAAUGAUGUCGAUGCUGAUGGUCGGACAGUCCAUGAAGUGCAAGAAGUCAGAAUCGAACAAGAGACCGGAGAAGCACUUCCCCACCAAGAUCCGUAUGUCAAAAGUUCCAAAGAAGAGUGGGAUAGGAUUGAGCAGGCCAUCAAGAAGCUCGAGCGAUGUGAGAAGAGUUAUUGGGAGAGGAAAGAAAAGUUCGAACAGCACUACAAGACGUUUGAUGAAAAGCUGGAUAAUUUCUGCUCGAGCAACCCACACUUGAGUAGAGCGGAUGCAGAACAGAGAUUCGGUGCAGCCUUCCUGAAAACGGGGGGACAUCUCCGUUACUACUUGACGGUAGGGGAAGAAUGGCUGAAGAAAGCCCGACUUGAGGCGAAAGAAGCAGGGGUCCACGACUGCAACUCAUGGGACCAGGAGUCUGGCUUCCUUUCAGUGGCGGGUGAAGGUCCGGAUCCAGAAGACACUGGAUAUAUGAGCGAUACUCGUGAUCACGAAGUGGUGAAGGAGUGGCUGCAGAUGCCUGAGGGCCCAGAAAUCAUGCAGCCUUCUGAGUUCAAAUUCGCGACAUCGAAAGUGAACGUCGAUCCUUGGGAGAGUCAUUCCACAAGGGGAGACUCAAGCAAACGGAAGAAGAUAGACGAAAAUGUCGACACUUGGGAAGUUCAGUCCUCCAAAGCGUACUCAAGCAAGCGGAGGAAGAUCGACGGGGAUGUUCCUUGGGUGGCGCCCAACGACAGCAAUGACAGCGCAUACGGCACAGCCAAGGAGGACAGGGGAGACCAGAAGCAAUCGGAAGGUCGAAGGAAGAGACCUCGCGCAAGGUCAGAGGUAGCCCAUAAGCGACGUGCCCGAUCAUUCGACGCGCUUCCCGGUUACGAGGUUGCCAAAGGGAUGUUCUCAGACACGCCUGUAGAGGAUCACAGUGUAAGUGUUGACCCCUCUGUACUAGCCGAUACCGAGUACUGA